GCCUCCAAAAAAAAAUAUAGCCUAAAGGGAAAAGCUUUUUAGAGUCUUCUAAAGCCAGGGGGAGGUUUUGGUUUUCCUCAGACGAACAAACGAAAGAACUGUGCUUUUGCUUCUCUUAAAGGGAAUUAAGUCAUUUCUGGAUACAUAUAUAAUAGUCUGUUUAAAAAGGAGCAGUAAGGAAUUUUGGGUUCUUCGAAAUUUUGAAUCUUUUCAUUGGUUUGGAGGAGAAGCCUGAACCCAAUGAUACCAAGUUUGAGAUUUGAAGCCUGAGUGGCUUCUCAUGCCAGGUUUGCGUGCAUGGGAUUUGGUAUCUUUUAGAUGUGUGAAAUAUUGUAAAUAUGGAUCUCUGUGAAGAUAGCUCAAGGUUUAGUUCGUUACCAGUGACAACCUUGAGAAAUUUGUCAUCAUCUUCGUCAGCAUUCUUUUCAGCAAAUCAAUCACCAUUCUUCUCUCCAAGACCAUCAACGUGUCAAUUGUCUGAAUCGACAAGGUCUGAUGCUCAAUUUGAUAGCAAUUUUUUAAGUGCCGAUCCACCUAGCAUCAGUUCUGGAAUUCCAGAACCUGAAUCUCUAGCAAAUGUUUUAUAUGCCCUGCCAGAUAUGUCAUUGAUACCAGCUUCUGGUAUUGCAAAUGACUUCCAGAAGUUUGAUCUUGUUUCACCCACCACUGUUGUUUCUAAUAGCACCCUAUCUAGUUACAGCCAUGCUAAUGACAAUGACUAUUUUGGGCUAAGAGAGAAGCACAAGAAGAAUGUGAUAAACCACAGUAUGUCAUUUAGCCCCAUUCCGGUAUCUCUUUCCAGAUUUAAGAGCUAUGAUAUCUUCAUAGGCUUGCAUGGCUGCAAACCUUCUCUAUUGAGAUUUGCUAACUGGCUACGAGCUGAGUUGGAGAUUCAAGGGAUGAGUUGCUUUGUAUCUGACAGAGCUCGAUGCAGGAACUCUCGCAAACAUGGAAUUAUUGGGAGGGCAAUGGAUGUUUCUUCUUUUGGAGUUGUAAUUCUGACAAGAAAGUCAUUUAAGAAUCCAUAUACAAUUGAGGAACUUCGAUAUUUCUCAAGCAAGAAGAAUUUGGUCCCAAUAUUUUUUGAUUUGAGUCUUGAUGAUUGCCUUGUCCGGGAUAUAGUUGAGAAGAGAGGAGAGCUCUGGGAAAGACAUGGGGGUGAAUUAUGGUUUUUAUAUGGGGGUUUGGAGAAAGAGUGGAAGGAAGCAGUUAAUGGCCUCACUCGGGUUGAUGAGUGGAAAUUGGAAGCUCAGGAUGGUAAUUGGAGAGAUUGCAUCUUAAGGGCUGUCACACUUCUGGCAAUGCGAUUGGGAAGGAGAAGUGUUAUGGAGCGGUUGACAAAGUGGAGAGAGAAGGUUGAGAAAGAGGAGUUCCCAUUUCCUAGAAAUGAAAACUUUGUUGGCAGGAAGAAAGAGUUUUCUGAACUAGAAUUUAUACUUUUUGGUGAUAUUAGUGGAGACUCAGAAAGAGAUUAUUUUGAACUCAAGGCCAGACCAAGGAAAAAGAAUUUGACAAUUGGGUGGAGUAAGAGCAGUUUAGCAGAUGAAAAACGCCGGGGAAGGCAACGUGGAAGUAGUAGCGGGAAGGGCAAAGAACCUGUUGUUUGGAAGGAGUCAGAAAAGGAAAUUGAGAUGCAGAGCACUGAAUUUUCUCAAAGGCAGCACCAUCAAAGGACCAGAAGUGGUAGUGGUGGACGGUAUGCCAGAAGAAAAAGGUCAACAAAAAUUUUACAUGGGAAGGGGAUUGCUUGUGUAACAGGAGAGUCAGGAAUAGGCAAGACAGAGCUUCUUCUGGAGUUUGCCUAUAGAUAUCACCAAAGAUACAAGAUGGUUCUCUGGAUAGGAGGGGAGAGCAGGUAUAUUAGGCAAAACUAUCUAAAUCUCUGGUCGUUUUUAGAGCUUGAUAUUGGGGUUGAAAACUGCUUAGAAAAAAGCAGGAUAAAAAGCUUUGAAGAGCAGGAAGAGGCAGCCAUUUCUAGGAUCCGGAAAGAGCUAAUGAGAAACAUACCAUUUUUGGUGGUCAUUGAUAAUUUGGAAAGUGAAAAGGAUUGGUGGGACCAGAAGCUUGUGAUGGAACUUCUUCCCCGUUUUGGUGGGGAGACCCACAUUCUUAUAUCCACUCGCCUUCCUGGAGUGAUGAAUUUAGAACCUUUGAAACUCUCAUACUUAUCUGGAGUUGAGGCAAUGUCUUUGAUGCAGGGAGGUGUAAAAGACUACCCAAUUGCAGAAAUUGAUGCACUCAGGGUUAUUGAAGAUAAAGUUGGAAGGUUAACUCUGGGCCUUGCAAUUGUGGGUGCAAUUUUAUCUGAGUUACCCAUAAAUCCCAGCAGGUUAUUGGAUACCGUUAACAGAAUGCCCUUGAGAGACUUGUCAUGGGGUGGUAGGGAAUGUCAUUCAUUGAGGAAAAACACUUUCCUUCUGCAACUCUUUGAGGUAUGUUUUUCCAUAUUUGAUCAUGCGGAAGGGCCAAGGAGCUUAGCAACUAGGAUGGUCCAGGUGAGCGGUUGGUUUGCACCUGCUGAAAUUCCUGUUUCUCUAUUGGCCCUAGCUGCUAACAAGAUACCUGAGAAGCAUAAAGGAACCAAAUUUUGGAGAAAAAUGUUCUGUUCCUUGACUUGUGGUUUUACUUCAUCAUACACCAAGAGAUCAGAAGCAGAAGCCUGUUCCAUGUUGUUGAGAUUCAAUAUUGCAAGAAGUAGUACCAAGCAAGGUUGCAUCCAUUUCAAUGAUCUCAUCAAGCUUUAUUCUCGAAAGAGAGGAGUUACUGGAGUUGCACAUGCCAUGGUUCAAGCAGUCAUCAGUCGCGGAUCUGUAUCCCAGCAUUCAGAACAUAUAUGGGCAGCAUGUUUCUUGGUAUUAGGAUUUGGUAACGACCCUAUAAUUGUUGAGCUCAAGGUGUCAGAGCUGUUAUACCUUGUCAAAGAAGUUGUUUUACCUCUUGCAAUUCGGACCUUUCUUACAUUCUCCAGGUGCAGUGCUGCUCUUGAACUCCUGCACCUUUGCACCAACGCUUUGGAAGCAGCAGACCAAGCAUUUGUUACCCCGGUGGAGAAGUGGUUGGACAAAUCACUCUGUUGGCGGCCAAUCCAAACUAAUGCUCAGUUGAAUCCUUGCCUUUGGCAGGAAUUGGCGUUAACAAGAGCCACUGUGCUUGAAGCCAGGGCAAAAUUAAUGCUGAGAGGGAGACAAUUUGACAUAGGAGAUGACCUUAUUAGGAAGACUAUUUUUAUUAGAACUUCAAUAUGUGGUGAGGAUCAUCCAGAUACUGUAUCUGCUCAUGAAACUCUAAGCAAACUUACCAGGCUUCUUGCAAAUGUUCAAAAUCAUACUUCACCAUAGAUUUUAUCUUCUUGUAAGCAAUUUUUUACAUUAGAAUUAUACAAAUUUUACAAAUAAAACUUCUGUAAACAAUUCAGAGGAAUUCUUUUCACCAUUUUAAAUGUGAAUGACAUAUCAUUCAACCUCUGAGUUUACACUUUUCCUAUUCUCUGUUGGAAAUGGCAUAACUCUGACCAUCCUUUCUAAUGAAUUGUAAGGCUAAGA